AUGUCCCAGCAACCCGAAUCCCCUCUCUUCUCCCCAACCCUCAUCUCUCCCGAAAUCGGAGCCACCCUCCCUCAAGGCUUCACCAUCCGCCCAAUCCAGAGACAAGAUUUUCAAAAGGGCUACCUGGACUGCCUCGAGGUCCUCACCUGGGUCGGCCCCCUCACCGAGGCCGAAUGGGACGAGCGCUAUACCGAGAUGGAGAGGGCUGCGGCCACGUACUACCUGCUCGUCAUCGAAUACCAGGACCGCAUCGUCGGGACCGGCUCGUUGGUCGUCGAGAGGAAAUUCAUCCACAAUCGCGGACUGGUUGGCCAUGUAGAGGAGAUUGCCAUCGCCAAGGAACACCAGGGCAAGGGCCUCGGUCUGAAGAUGAUUCAGGCUAUCGACUCUGUGGGCAAGAGUGUUGGGUGCUACAAGAACAUACUCAACUGUGGGCCGCAAAACGAGCCCUUCUACGCCAAGUGCGGCUACGACAACUCGGGCACGGAGAUGUCACAUUAUUUUGAGACCGCCAAGGACAACUUUCACAGGGGAUGA